AUGGCGACGAAGGCUAAGCCGGGCCCACAGGCGUCUCGGCGCGGCAUCCAGGCCAAGAUGUUCUACUCUGUGGUGAAGGCGUGGGCCUGCAAACACCCCAGGCUGCUCUUGUUUGGCGUCUGGGUCCUGCUGCUGCUGCUGUUCUACUACUACCUGAGUACCAGGUUCUUGAAUUCUACAUCUCCAGGUGAAUAUAUUCUGUGGAGCAAUGAAGAUAUUAAUGGACAACCUCUGGGAGGAACUGCUGCCUGGGAAACUCUGCUCAGUUUUUUCUUUCCAAUAACAUGCAUUCCACAGGAGAAUCAGGUGGUAGAGCCUUGCAGUUACCUGCGAGAUCUUAGCAAAAGUGAAUGUUUGAGAUACAAAUGCUGUUAUUCGUCAUCUAAGAUCAAUAACUCCAACUGUUUUAUCCCGCUAAAAGACAAGCCUACGCAGAUGUUCCGGAUGUUUGGGCUUGGUGCGAUCAGCAUGUUCAUCCUGGGAUAUCUGCCCAUUUAUUACUACUUGCUUUGCCAGAGGAGGAAAGUCAACAGAAUUUUAAAGGCUUUGAAGAACCGAAGAAGUAAACUAAAGAGGGAUGGUGAAAUGUUAGGGAAAGCAACAGAUGAGGAAGGGUUAGGUGAUGAAAAGGAACAGGAGACCAAAGGGUGGUGGGGUGGGGAUGGUGCAGGCGGUAAUUUGAGUGAUGAGGAGCGAUGGGCAGUGGCAGAUGAAGCUCUGCUUGCUCGCCCGCCGCGCCGCUCACCCCCUGCUGGGGGGCCCAGUUACCAACAGGCCGUGGACCAGUACCAGUCCGAGGCCCGGGGGUUUGGGACCCCUGCCCUAAAGGAUAUAUCAUUAGAGAUAUUUUUCAAGAAUAUGUAG